AUGAAUCGCCAGAACCAUCCUCCAAUGGGUGAUACCGGUGUCAGUAAAAUGCACGGAGCUGCUGCACGUGCACCAGCAAGCGAUCUUAAAAUUACGCCAGCUCAAAACCAUCAGCCUUUCGUUGACAUUUCGACGCCGUCGCCCAACUCUCAUAACCAACAAUUAGGCAGCAGAAAGGGCAGUCAGCGCAAGCGCGUGCCAGCACCGCCUCCUCCUCCCAUGGCUGGUCAGUUGAUGUCCUCGUUUCAUGGUGGUUCGAGUUUUAUGAAAGGUAGUCAAUUUAUUACCAUGGAUGCUUCCACGACUCAUCUUGUUGAGCAUGGCCCAAGCGCUAAUUGCAAGAGUAGCCGUGUCAACCAGCGUCGUCGCCGUCCAAACGUGGAGGCCAUGCUGGGAUCAUCUAUGGUGCGCCAAAGUAUGGUGCGUGCGUCAAAUAUGUCGUCGUUUACCAAGUCUCGAUUUGGGCAACAGCUAGGCGGUGACAUCAUGUCAGUUCCAGUUCUUGGUGACUGUAAUUUUGAGCAAAAGUACUCUGUGGCUAUGAGCAUGAACAGUCAAGGCAUUAACCCCAUCGAUUCAACGUAUAAUCCUAUGGCGAAGCUGCACGCUUUGCGUGAGGUUAUGACCAGCAUUCCCAGCAAAAACGGAUACAUCGAGCGUGCGACGUUUACACAAGCAUUUGAAGUUGACGGCAACGAUUUUGAUGGUUACUCUACGAGCACUGGUGCAAUCGACGGUAAUGCUAUUCUCAUUGAUGCUGUGAUGGAGCUAGAAGUCGAUGCGGAAGAGAAGCUCCUAUUUAUUUUCGAAACGCUUGAUCCAGAUAACUCAGGUUAUGUGGUCGAGGAUCAAAUUGUUCAGUUGCUCGAGUCCAACUUUUCAGCCGCUCAGAUUGACGUAGUUGGCACAGAUUUUAAAUCAGUUGUUAACCUCAUGUUUCAGAAAGCUCAGGUACAAAACGAGGCAAUGACGUACGAGCAGUUCAAAAAGGUCUUCACUCCCUACAUCAUUGACUCGUACAACCUUCACAAAGCAGAACCCAUACACACCGCUCCUAUCGCUCCUAAGAGUAAAUUUGGAGCCUGGUACAGUGCCUACAAGCUUCGCAUAUGGUGGCUUAUGGUGUACAUCAUCUUGAAUAACGUCGCAUUCUGGUUGAAAUGGUUUUCGUACGAAGUAGAUCCCGCCAUUGGUUGGGGUCUUCGCAUAGCACGUGGGAAUGCUCAAGUGAUCAUGGUUAAUUGUGUCUUUGUAUUGCUGCCAAUGUGUCGUUCGAUCGCGCAAGUAAUGAAGCGAAGUCGCAUUCUGUGGCGCUACAUUCCGUUUGACGACAGCAUUGCUUUCCACAAAAUUGCAGGAUCUGUCCUCCUCACGUCUGGUCUCAUACAUACUGUUGCCCACAUCGUUAACGAAAUUAAUUUGUACCUGGUCGCUACACCUGACGAGAUUAGGCGCUCUAUAUUCGUCACUCGUCAUGUAUCUGCAUUCGUCAAUGGUGAGCGACCGCCGUUCACGACCAUGCUUCAGUCGCUUCCAGUAUGGACUGGUUUUAUUUUGCUCACGAUUACGUGUAUUUCCUUUCCGCUGGCUGCAAUCCCCAAGUUCCGUCAAGGCAAUUUUAACGUUUUCUGGUAUUCGCAUAUGCUCUUCGGUCCAUUUCUGAUUGUUCUGUCGCUGCAUGGUACCGCUUCAUGGCUUGCUCGCUCCUCUUCUUACAUUUGGAUAUUGCCACCGUUUCUCAUCUAUCUUCUUGAACGCCGCUACCGGUACGCAAAGGUGUUUGCUGCGCCUGUGCGCAUCAUGGAAGCCAUGGAACUGGAUGGUGUAGUGGCAUUGUUUAUGGAGAAACCCCGACGUUUUGUUUAUCGCCCCGGUAUGUACAUGUUUGUUAAUUGUCCGGUCGUGUCGACUCACGAGUGGCAUCCCUUCACGAUCUCGUCAGCUCCGGGUGACAACUAUAUAAGCGUCCACAUUCGGGCUUGUGGUGACUGGACAAAGGCGUUACGUAAAGUGAUAUCGGACUGCCACGAACGCAAGGUAUUGUAUCCAGACAUUUACUUGGAUGGACCAGUUGGGGCUCCGACUCAAGACUAUCAUCGUUACAAGACUGUCAUUUGUGUUGGUGGGGGAAUUGGUGUCACCCCCUUCGCCUCGAUUCUAAAGGAUGUGGUACACCUAUGGGAGAGUAAUCGAUGCGAAAAUUGCAAGCACGUUCGACAUCCAGGCUCAUUUAAAAUUCAAAAACUAUAUUUCCAUUGGGUCACGCGAGGACAGGAAUCGCUUGGCUGGUUUGAAGAGACAAUGAACCAAAUUGCUGAAAUGGAUCGUGAUAACGUAAUUGAAACGCAUCAAUAUUUGAGUACGCUGAAGGGGAGCGAAAACACCUCCCAAUUAAAGAUGUUUCAAGAGUUUGUGCACGAAGAAACCGGCAAGGAUUUUGUGUCAGGUUUAAGCACAAAGCAACUCACGCACUUUGGCCGUCCAGACUGGGACAAAGUCUUUUCAGAGGCUAAGGCAAACCACGUUGGUGAGGAAGUUGGUGUGUUUUAUUGUGGUCCCCAUGCGCUUGAAGAGAUCUUGGGAAUCAUAUUACUGUUAAUUGUUAAUUAG